AUGGUAGCCAAGGGCAUCGAUAUGGAGGCAUUGUCUCCGAGAGAUGCUAAUGCCCAGCGCCCGCAGAGGGUCAAUGACUUGAAGACCAAAGCCACGGCACAGCUCAAGGCCAACAAAGAGAAGGAACACCCACCGCCGCCGCCACCACACGUAACCGAGCCGCCGAGCAACGACUGCAAAGAUGGUAACGUCUACCAGGUCGGCAAGUUGUUGGGCAAGGGCGGCUUCGCCGUCUGCUACGAGGGCCAGCUUCCGGGAACACGGAAAAGGUUUGCCCUGAAGAUCGUCAAGAGCAAGAUGCCCAGCAAGAUGGAGCAGAAGUUCCAAACCGAGCUGCAAAUCCACUCCAAAAUGCGACAGGUCAACAUUGUCCAGUUCUACCGCGCAUUCUCUUUCGAGAGCUCCACCUACCUCGUUCUGGAGCUCUGUCCCAACGGAUCUCUGAUGGAUAUGGUCAAGCGUCGCAAGGGAGUCACCGAGGCAGAGGUUCGCUUCUACUCUGUUCAGAUCGCCGGCGCCAUCAAGUACAUGCACUCCAAGGGCAUUAUCCACCGUGACUUGAAGAUGGGCAACAUCUUCCUCGACAGGCAUAUGAACGCGAAGAUUGGCGACUUUGGCCUGGCUGCCCUACUAGUUACAGGCAGAGAUAUGCAGACUAUCCGAAGGACAACUCUCUGCGGAACACCAAACUAUAUUGCCCCCGAGAUCUUGGAAAAGGGCAGAAAAGGGCAUGACCACAAUGUUGACAUCUGGAGCUUGGGAGUGAUAGUGUUUGCUAUGCUGACUUCGAAGCCGCCUUUCCAAUCUACCACAACUGACGAAAUAUACCGACGCGCACGAGAACGAGAUUAUGAAUGGCCAACUAUGGAAAGCUCAAACAGGAUAAUUAGCAAAGAGGCUAAGGAUCUCGUUGCAACUAUGCUCGAGGAUGCAGACAGGAGGCCUGACCCAGACAGCAUCGUUCAGCAUGCAUUCUUCCUAGCCGGCUACAUGCCUUCGUCAGAUGACAUGACCCCGAAGUUGCGGGAAUAUCCUCCUGACAACGAGUGCUUCUAUAAUUAUCCCCGCAAUGAGGAAGAGGAGGUCGAGAACCUGUUGGCUCUCAAGGAAAUGUGCAGAUCCUGCGAGGUGGGACCGUGGAAUGACAUACAGGUGGUGCACCGUCCAGUAUGGAGGGAGAUGGCUGCUGAAGAGAAGGCCGGCCUAACUCCCAUUAUUCCGUUGGAAGAAGGCAUUGUCUACCGACCUUUUGACGAAGUCGCCAAGGAGAUCAGGGCACAACAGAAGUUCGCACCACAAACCUCGACUUCCCAGGCCAGAGCAAAGCCGGAGGAGCCAAGCCAGGCUACGCGGAAUCCCCUACCAGACUCAGCAAAGGCACCACCACAGAGCUUUGCGGCUCAGCAACGGGCCCAGGGAAGGACCACCAAAGCCCCGGGCACAAUCAGACUUCAGGAUGUACGGGACGCCACUACUAAACAGCCCAGUACUGUGCGCAGCAGAGCGAAGAAGGAGGCAGAUGUCAUCGUGUCUGUAGCACCGGUGGAAGCUCCACCGGCAACGGUGUCUAGCAUUCCUAGGAGUGUGUCGGGCCAAUCGCUCCAAGCCCGCGAGCAAACCCUCACCCUGCGUGGCUCCACGCGAUCAGCCAGGCCACAGCUCACAAGCAGUCGGACUGAGCCCAUUCUCAGGAAAGUCAGCGGUGACUCGGAUACGCAGCCAACAGUAACACGGCGAAGUACCACACCGCCCGGAGCAACAGAGAGCAACGACCAGGUUAGCUUGUUUAAUCCUUCGGAAUUUCGGGAGAAGGUCCCAGAGACAAGACCCGACUUCGUUUUGGAUCGUCUCAGGAAACUCCAGGCCGAGCUGGAGCGGGCUCUCAAUUCACGAUCGAUGGCUUACGUCUCGACACGAGAGAAGACGCCGUCACCACCGCACAUAGUGGUUAAGUGGGUCGACUAUACGAACAAAUUCGGCCUUGGCUAUAUCUUGAGUGAUGGCACCAUUGGCUGUAUCUUGAGGCAGAUGCCAACCAACGACGGCUCCAAGUCGCUCAUGUUGCCGCCAGCCUGUCUGUUGGUCCACGACGGUGAGCGUCACAUACGACGAAAGAACGAUGUGUCGUACCCAGACCGCCAUCAGAUCCUACCAAUGGGAGAAAGUAUUUACUUCUACGAGAACUAUGGAGAGGACGGCCUGUCACGGGUGCGAGUAGACCCCAGGAACUUCAAAGUUCCUGUUGGUCCCGAUGGAGUUGCUGCCAAACUUUCGGCAGGGAAAGACGUCUUUGACCAUCGCAAGCGUGAGCGAAUCGUGCUGUGGAAGAAAUUUGCCAACUACAUGCUUGCGUACGGGCGCGAGCUGGAGGGCGAAGGUGACGAGGCUCCUAUUCCGGUACCAAAGAUUACUGACCUCGCGUCUGCUCCGACCGACCUGGUUACCUUUUACCAACGUUUUGGCGACGUUGGCUGCUGGCACUUUAGUGAUGGUCAUGUCCAGUUCAACUUCCCAGACCAUACCAAGAUUGUGCUGGAUGCAACUGGCACUUGGUGCCACUUCUGGCAUCUGCCCGAGGACGCUGCCAACAGGCUGGCCACCGAAGGCACACUCGACGAGUCAUCAUUGGACGCGCGCAGUGUUCUUUCGUACCCUCUUCAGACUCUGCUGAACUUUACGGUUCCUUCCAAGGCGACUUCGCGAACUGCCAACGCUUCUCGAUGCCGGCCCGAGAUCCCAGCCGAGCUGCAGAGCAUUCCCAGCGCUAACGACUUCCGGCGCAAGAUCGAUUUCAUCAAGAACGUGGUGAAGGAGUGGGUGGUCAACGGCGGAAUCGGAAACAGCGACUUGUCACGCGAGCGGCGUAUACGCUGGGCUGGUUACCGUGAGACCAAGACGACCCAAGGCCCGCUCAAGCACGUCUGGGUGACUAUAGGGUCACGGCGAGGCGACGAACGUUACACCUCAAUGUGGGAUCCACGCAAGCCCAACGAGUUUGGCCCCGAUAUCGAUGACACCAAGAAGCCCUAGGGCCAGUAGUCUUGAUGGUCGCAACAGCUCAGCUGUUUGUUUUUCUUUUCUUUUUUUUUUUUUUGGAG